GUGAGAGAGAUGAGAUCCAGGAUUUCAUCGAUCACCAUUCUUAACCUCUCCCGCGUCCAUUUCCUUCAUGUUGUGAACACGUCGGCUGUGAAGGAGGCGCACCGCCGCAAUAUUCGAAGAUGAAGUUGAACGUGAGCUAUCCCGCCACGGGAUGCCAGAAAUUAUUUGAAAUUGUCGAUGACCACAAGCUUCGAAUCUUCUAUGAGAGGCGAAUGGCUCAGGAAGUCCCGAUGGACACCGUCGGUGACGAAUGGAAAGGCUAUGUCGCCCGCAUCACUGGAGGAAACGACAAACAGGGUUUCCCCAUGAAGCAGGGUAUCCUUACCAAUGGUCGUGUCAGACUAUUGAUGAAGAAAGGUCACUCAUGCUAUAGGCCUCGUCGUGAUGGUGAACGUAAACGUAAAUCUGUCCGUGGAUGUAUCGUUGAUGCUAACCUCAGCGUCUUGGCCCUGAAGAUAGUCAAAAAAGGAGCUGAGGACAUUCCUGGCCUCACCGACAUCUCUAUUCCUCGCCGGUUAGGACCAAAGCGUGCUUCUAAAAUCCGUAAGCUUUUCAAUCUAACUAAAGAAGAUGAUGUCAGAAGCUUUGUCAUCAAAAGACCCCUGCCGGUUAAAGAAGGAAAGAAGCCAAGGACGAAGUCCCCUAAAAUCCAACGGCUAAUCACUCCCGAAAGACUACAGCGCAAACGUAGAUUAAUGGCCCUGAAGACCAGGCAGAUCAAGAAGAUCAAAGAGCAGAAGAAGGCAUACCUUAGAAUAGUAGGAAAACGUGCCCGUGACGCAGCUAAAAAGAAGAAGUUGGAAAAGAAGCGAAAGAGGUUGCUCAGCGAGUCCUCAACGACAUCAUCAAAAGCCUCCAAAAAGAAGAAGAAGAAGUAGACUGUUUUGUACAUUUUUACACCUUGAUAAAAAUAAAAUUUUUGUUUAUUUUUAAUCGGA